AUGGAAGAAAAGAAAUACGAAUACACAACUAUGGAGGGAAAACCUAAAAAUGAAAGCAUUAAAUAUCAACUGCUUAUUGUAGCUUGCAUAAACAUUGGACAGGUAAUUGUUGGAUAUAGUGUUGGAUGGUCAGCUCCAAUCAUCCCAAAACUGAAGAAUAUUCAUGAAACACCAUUAACUGAAGUCAUAAAUGAUUUGGAAGCGUCAUAUAUUGGCUCCUUACUUUACAUCGGAUCUAUGAUUGGGCCAUAUAUAACAAGUAUUCUUUCAAAUCUGGUCGGACGGAAACCUUGUCUUUUGAUCGGCGGGUUGUUGAACAUCCUUGCUUAUAUUCUGGUUAUCACAACCAAUAAUAUAGCUAUGGUUUACGCUGUCAGGAUAAUAUCUGGCCUUGGGAUGGGAAUUACAAUUGUUGGAAAUAUUGUUUACGUCGGUGAAAUUGCGUCCACUCACAUCAGGGGUAUUCUACUAACUUCUACAUCGAUUAUCGGUAUAUUUGGUACACUCCUAGUUUAUGCGGCAGUGCCUUAUGUUUCCUAUUUUGAGUCCGGUUACAUAGCCUUAGCUAUAAGUAUAACACAUGUGCUUGGUGUUUGUUUCAUACCUGAAUCUCCUGUUUAUUACGCUAUUAAAGACAGACCUGUCAGCGCUACAAAAACUCUAAACCUGCUCGGAAGAUCCUCAGAUGUAGAGAAAGUUAUUGAAACAUUUAGCAAUAGAAAAGGCGAAUUGACAAGUAAAAUUCGAGAUUGGACGGAAAUAUUCACAAUUAGAUCUAAUAGAAUGUCUCUAUUCUUGACGUUUACACUGGGAGCCUUUCAGCAAACUAGUGGCGUGGCUGUUGUGUUGUUUUUCGCGACAACUAUUUUCGACAAAGCUGGUUCAUCAAUCCGACCAGAUUUAGCAACCAUUAUCAUCGGUGUGACGAGACUCUUGUCAAGUUUAAUCGCUCCCUCCUUCGUUGAAAGAUCUGGAAGAAAGAUUCUGUUGUUAAUUUCAAUGGCUGCGUGUGCUAUAAGCUUGUCUAUUCUAGGUCUAUAUUUUUAUUUGGACAGAAUACAUGUCGCUUUCAUAAAGAACAUUGGCUGGCUUCCGUUGGUCGCGUUAAUAGUUUAUUUCUUUUGCUACGAAGCUGGUUUCGGUACGAUACCAAACGCAAUAGUCGGUGAAAUGUUCAGAGCAAAUGUUCGUUCAAAUGGCUCUGCUCUAGCGAUCACAUUAACUUGGCUGGUUGGUUUCGGAUUGACCACGAGCUUUACUACGAUGGUAAAUGUUUUGGGUGGUGACGUAACAUUCUGGAUUUUCGGCGGCUCGUGUGUACUAGCCUUUCUGUUCACUUUCUUCUUCUUGCCGGAAACGAAAGGAAAAACAUUAAAUGAAAUACAAGAUAUGUUAAGUUGA